UGGUUUGCACUACGCAUGCCCGUCCGUGCUUUGUUGACCCGGAAGCGGUUUUCCUUGGGCGGCUGACACGUAGUGUCUAAGUAAGCGAGAUAACAAGGGGGAGUUUUUGAGCGAGGAGUGGUGGCUGCCAGCGGUACGCGCUGUAAAAGGGGUUUAUUACCUGGCCGGGAAGGAAGCCCUGCAGACAGAUUGCAAUGUCUGGAUUUGACAACUUCAAUACAGAUUUCUAUCAAACAAGUUACAGCAUUGAUGAUCAAGCCCAGUCCUAUGGAGGAGAUUAUGGAGGAGGAACAUACAGCAAACAAUAUGGUGGCUACGACUAUUCUCAGCAAGGUGGAUAUGUCCCUCCAGAGAUGAUGCAGCAACAGCAACCUUACACUGGUCAGAUUUUUCAGCCAACACCAACAUAUACUCCAUCUUCACCACAGUCUUUCUAUGGAAGCAAUUUUGAAGAUGAGCCACCCUUACUAGAAGAACUAGGAAUCAACUUCGACCACAUCUGGCAGAAGACUCUGACAGUGCUGCACCCAUUAAAAGCAGCAGAUGGCAGCAUAAUGAAUGAAACUGAUAUGGCAGGGCCCAUGGUCUUCUGCCUAGCCUUUGGUGCCACAUUAUUGCUGGCUGGGAAAAUUCAAUUUGGCUAUGUGUAUGGGAUUAGUGCAAUUGGAUGCCUAGGAAUGUUCUGUCUCCUGAACUUAAUGAGCAUGACGGGUGUUUCGUUUGGCUGUGUUGCCAGUGUGCUAGGAUACUGCCUCCUUCCUAUGAUCAUACUUUCCAGCUUUGCAGUUGUAUUUUCUCUACAGGGUAUGAUGGGAGUUAUUCUUGCUGCUGGAAUUAUUGGAUGGUGUAGCUUUUCAGCUUCCAAAAUCUUCAUUUCAGCCUUGGCAAUGGAAGGACAACAACUUCUAGUAGCAUAUCCCUGUGCUUUAUUAUAUGGAGUCUUUGCCCUCAUCUCUGUGUUUUGAGCUGACUUAUCUUUGUUAUUGGACUUAAAUGGGGCAAAGUGAAAGCCUUCACUUGCGACACUUAAACUGGGACCAGAAACCAGCUCUUGGUCACUAUCAUGCAAGGUUAAUGCUUGAAUUAUUGUCUGGAGCAAAAAAAAACAAAUGUGUCUUUUGUGUUCCUUUUUCUAGGACUCUUGAGUACAGUUUUGAAUCGACCUGUAAUGUCACUAGCUUUAAUACAGGUUCAUGAUUAUACUGUUUAAAAUGUAAAGUUUCUUUCCCAGUCCUAUAGCCUCUGGCAAAAUAUUGUUUUGAAAACUUUUGUAGUUCAGAAGCUUUUAUAGAUAAGAGGAAAUGGAACCAUGAACUUUACAAUUGCUUUCCCAUGGCAGCAUGCAACUACAAUCCUAAACAAAGGAUAUACAGUCCCCUUUUUUCUACCAGUUUAGCAAAGUAGAAAACUCCUAUGUCAAUAAAAUCUAAUCUUGAAGCAAACCAGAGUGAGUCCUACAUAUAACUUUUCAAGAGUUUACAGCACCCACUUAGGUAACUUUUUUUGUUUACAGUAAAUGAUCCAAAAGGCUUUCCAGGUUCAAAGCUAUUGUUUAAAUAUUUUCAUUUGUAUGUAUUUUGUAAAUAGUUCUGUCAUUGUAUAUACCUGAGAAGAUACCUGUUUUCAUACUAAAAUCAAGAGCAGACUUUCAGCAGUUCAUAGAAAACAACUUCUUUCAGAAAACCACUCUGACAAAUGUCAUACACCAGUUAAAUUUCCUCAGAAUGCUCUUUGAAAAUGCCUAAACUUGACUUUUAAUAACACAUCUUCCUGUAAUGUUGUCCAACCUUGAAUAACCAAAAUACACAUUUAUUCAAACAAAAGAGGAUUUGUCCCCAUUGAGCAAAUAUCACAUCUCAGUCAUAUAGUGCUUGCAUCCAAUGGGCUUUUAUCCAAAGCUGCCCUGUGUGAGCAGAACAGAUAUCUGCUUGCGCUAUAAGACUUAAGCUUCCUCUCCCCAAUCCCCCCAGCAGCUUUCUGUAUGGAGUCAAAAUCUACUCCAGAGGUUUGGAGGAUUCUCUGGAGCAGAUUUUGAGGGCAUGUGGGGGACUGCAGGGGGGAGGAAUAGAAGGUGAAGUCUGCAUAGUAAAUAUUGGAUUCUGGCCAAUGUCAUUUUGUAAAUACAGAGCUUCAUAGCUGUAAAUUGUUCCAUAAAUUAUAUUAUUACUAAGUGUUGGAAUCCUGUCCAGAAUAACAAAUAUUUAAGUUACGCGCCACAUGAAAAACUUGCAUGGAACUGGUACAGUAAUAAUGUUUUGUCCCUUGUUGGGAAAUGAGGUGGUUCACAGUACUUCCUGAGAUUUUCUUUUGUCAUAGUGAUAUACAUUUUGAGUAUCCCAUUGCACAAGGUAGUUGAACCAGUGUAACUUAACAAAUCAGUCGUCUUGUCAGCAAAUAUCCAACUAUACACUUGUAUUUAUUUCUUGCUCUGCCACUGCACAUUCUCCAUAUGAUGUUUUCACGUAGCCUGGAUUUGUUGGCUAAAUACUUUUAAUAAAUGUCUUACAAGAA